AUGGUCACCGGUGACAGAGAAGGAGAAGCCUCUAGUGCAGUCGAUUCCGAUGUGGGGUUGAGUUUUGUGACGAGUCCUAUUGGCAGCCCAGUCAGAUUACACCCAGAGACAGCUCAAUGCUUGAAGCUUGAUGUAGCAAAGAUUUUUGUUAAUGUAGACUUGACAAGAGAUCUGCCAAUGAAGAUGAACUUCAACAUUGAGGGAAAGGAAGUGUUGAUUGAGUACACCUAUCCGAAGCUUCCAAUGAAAUGUUCUAUCUGCGAUUUGUGGGGUCACUCAAUAAAAACCUGUAAGAAUGGUAAGGAAAUUCAGAUAGAGAAGCAACAAGAAAGUUUGGAGGAAGUGGAAAUAGUGGAUAAGCAGAAGGAGAUAAUGAAUGGUAUUGACAUGGUGCAAGAGUCUCCUUCAGAGGAAGUUACUGGAGGGUUGGAAGUGAAUAAGAAAGUUGGUAACUCAAAGGAAGGAAGUAAAAGUAUGAUAAAGGUGGAUGAUAAGAAAGUUGAGGAAGCGGUGGAGAAGAGAAAUGAAUGGUCAGAAGUUACUCCAGGAAAGGCUAGCCGCUCUCCUGGUCGAAGGAAAUUGGAGUUUGGGUCGGUAACCUUACUUACCAACUUUAGAUUCUCUGUUUUGAUGCCAUUUGUUGAGCAAGAGGAGGAGGCACUUGAGCAACAAGAUAUAGAGGAGCAGUCUGAAGAGCAAUCUGAGGAAGAUAUCUUAAAGGAAACUGAUGAAGAGAUUCCUCGUCGAAUACUGCCUAGAGUAUCAAAACUCAAUCAUCGGUACCUCAAGGGAAUGGAGGAUGAGUUUUAUUGUUCUUUUGUGUAUGGGUUGAACUUGGCGGAAGAAAGAAAGGAGCUAUGGAGCGAUCUUAUGGCUCAUCAAGAUUCUCCCAUCAUUAAGAAGUCUCCGUGGAUUGUUUUGGGGGAUUUCAAUGAGAUCCUAAGUGGGUUAGAGCAUUCGGUAGAGGAUUCUGGUCAUGAUUCUCAGGGGAUGAGAGAGUUUCAGGACACGGUGAAGUACUGCUCUCUUCUAGACAUGUCUUAUCAAGGGCCUCGCUUUACCUGGUGCAAUAAGAGGGAGAAUGGAAUUAUCUGUAAGAAGCUGGAUCGAACGCUAAUGAAUGAUGAAUGGUUGCGAAAGUUUCCUCAAUCUUAUUGUGUUUUCGAGGCGGGAGGGUGUUCUGAUCACCAGAGAUGCAGGGUUGUUUUCAAGACUAGUUCCUUUCUCAAGUUAAGGGGGUUUUGGGAUGACACGGAGCCUUUAUUCAAUUCCACCUCGGCGUUGUUCAGAUUGUCUAAGAAGUUGAAGGCUCCAAAGCCAGUCUUGAAAAGCUUAAGUAGAGAGAAGGUUGGCGAGAUAAUAAGGAAGACGAGGGAAGCGUGUAAGACUCUUUGUGAUGCUCAAUCUAAGACGUUGGAAACUCCUAAUAAGAUGAAUAUUCAUGAUGAAGCUGUGGCUUAUAGAAGAUGGGUUUUUCUGUCGGCACUGGAGGAAAAGGUACUAAGUCAGAGAGCUAAGGUGCACUGGUUGAAUGUGGGGGAUGGGAAUAAUAAGAGCUUUCAUAGAGCGGCUACAGUAAGGGAGGAUUUUAGAGAGGUCAGAGUGGAGGAGUUAAAUGGUCUUCUAAACUAUGAGUGUAUUGAGGAAGAUAGGAAUAUGCUUAUGAGAAGGGUAACUGAAGAGGAAGUGAGAAAGGUUGUUUUUUCAAUGGAUGCAGACAAAUCUCCGGGUCCGGAUGGUUACACAAGCGAGUUCUUUAAAGCUUCUUGGGGUAUCACAGGAUCGGAUUUUGUGAUUGCAGUCCAAGCUUUCUUCGAUACAGGAUUCCAAAGAAGAAUGAUGCAGUAUCUAUGA